AUGCCGCUUACUACUACUACGCCUGUAUUACUGCCUGAUACGUCCCCCAUUACUUAUAUGCCACUUGUGACCGGCAUUACGUCGUCUGACAUGUCACCUGCGCCGCCUGACAUGUCACUGGCCACUGGUGCAUCGGACAAUAUGUACACCAGAUCCAUAACGACCGAUUAUUCGCCUUUUAUGUGCACGUCAGCCAAUACGUGCAUUCCACCGCCCUAUAGUCACACGUCUCCAGUACUGCCUGCGCCAAUGCCCGUCGCUUAUAAGCCAGCCGCGCCGAGCAUUAUGGCACUUUAUGGUUAUGCUCCUGCAACAUCCGCCCCAUUCAAUACCCAUGCGCUAAUAGAGGCAACCUACAUAUCAGCCAGCACAAACUUUCCGCCGCGCGAUAGUCACACGCCUGCAGUACCACCUGGCCCGCCGGCUACAAUGUAUAUGCCAGUUCCACCUAGUGCUGCGAUGUCUUAUGGUCAGGGUGCAGCCGCCAUGUUCGUACCCUCAAAUACUCACGCUCCAAUGGACCCGCCUGUCAUGUCUUGUAGUUAUAUUCCAGCAGUACCGCCUGGUCCUCCGCGCUAUGUGUAUAUGCCAGCCGCGUCUUGCAAUACAGCACUUUAUGGUCAUGAUCCAGCUGCUACCUUUGUAUCUUCCAAUACUCACACGCAAAUAUUUUCGCCAGUUGCACCAUCUAGAACAGUAAUGCCGUCAGGUCCGCCACCUACUGCCUAUAUCACGGAUGUGUCCGGCGGUUCGCCAGCCAUAAAGCCCUAUCCGCCGUCCAGUAUACCGGCACCAACGGCAGUACCCGCUGUACCGCCAAUAACUUGUUAG